AUGGCCGACAUGCAACGAGAAAUCGACCUUUGCAUCGAGCUAAUCGAGGAUGCUCUCGGUCAGGAAUACGAUGCUGAUGAAGACACAAAAACACUUAUCACUGAAAUUCCCGAAAAGAUUCUCCAAAGGUCGUUUGUUGCGUUGCGUGCUCAGUCUGAAUCCGGCACCCACUAUGUGGACAUGAGACGGCCAGACAUCAAAAGAGUUUUCUCUUGCGCCUGGCAGCGAAUGGUCCAACCUGCAUGGAGUCAUAUGAUGGUAUUAAGUAUGGGUUUACUAUGGGUAAGUUUCAGACACUCAGAUUCCAGGUGA